UCCCGUUUCAUUCGGAGUUUCUAAACUGGCGGAAAGGCCCGAGGAGUUUCGAUUGAGUAUCAAUAUGGCGAAGUAAAUAUGGAGCAAAGUUCGUGUAGUAAGAGUUGAUGCUAGAGAUCUUUUGGGAUGAUGAUCAACAGACGGUAUCUUUUUAAUAGUUCCUGAAAAUGAUUUGGUAGAUCUACGAUUUUACAAACUUUGAAAUAGGUUGAAGCAACAUUCUGAACGAUGGCUGAAUAUGUAGCAGAUAUCACUGAGAGGGAGGCCUUGAUGUCACGCUCAUUAAAUGGAGAUGAAAGUAACCACAAAUAUGUACCCAGACGGCAGAUUCCAAUAGAUAGAUAUUUUGCUGUCUAUUUCAUCUUCCUGUUCUUGGGGAUAGCAUCGUUGCUGCCAUGGAAUUUUUUCAUCACAGCAAAAACGUACUUUCAGUACAAGUUGAGGAACACCACAGCGCCAGAAUCAAGUUACAGCGACCCAGCCACCCUGACAGAGCUGCAGCUGCUUCUACUCAGCUAUCUUGAGAUAUCCUCCACCGUAUCCAACUUAGUCUGCUUGGGUUUUACAGUCAUGCUUGUGAGAUUUAUAUCCCUCAAGAAGAGAGUGGUACUGUCCCUGUCUCUGAUCAUCCUGGUGUUUGCUGCUACCACAAUCCUGGUCAACAUCAACAGUGAUGAAUGGCAGACAGGUUUCUUUGGAGUGACAAUGGCGUCAGCAGCCAUUAUUAAUGGUGCAACAGCUGUGAUGACAGGGUCCGUGUUUGGGCUGGUGUGUCGAUUUCCCCCUAUGUACACUCAGUCAGUCAUGACUGGACAGGCUGUUGGAGGUACGUUUGCUGCACUGGCCAGCAUCUUCUCCCUCCUUGGGUCAGGCACAGUUAUAGAAAGUGCGUUUGGCUACUUCCUGACUGCCACAGCCGUCUGUACGGUUGCCUUGCUGGCAUAUGCGCUCCUGUAUUACUUUGAGUUUUCAAAAUAUUAUAUAACAGAAACAGAUGAGAAUCACCUGAAUGCCCAAGACAGUGAGGGACUAAUGUCUACAGAUCAUCUAGGACAUAUAGAAUUCUAUACCACAAUUGUUAAAAAGAUUUGGCGCCAAGGCAUUGGCGUAUGUGUGGUGUUCACAGUAACGCUGUCAGUAUUUCCAGCAGUGUGUUCAACAAUACGGUCAGGGGACUAUCAACCGGGGGACCCCUGGUCAGAUAAAUUCUUCAUUCCGGUGGUAUGCUACCUCUUUUUCAACCUGGGUGACUGGAUCGGUCGUCCAAUCUCAGGGUGGAUACAACAGCCGAGCUAUCGUCAUCAGAACUUGUUGUUCAUACUGUGUCUGUUUCGAGUUGUUCUGGUGCCCCUGAUUAUGUUUUGUGACGCUCAACCAAGAAGCCUUCCAGUGUGGUUCCACAAUGAUGCAUUCCCUAUCGCCUUAAUUAUCAUCCUUGGCAUCACCAACGGCUACUUCGGAACACUGAACAUGAUGUAUGCUCCACAGCGGGUGCCGCUGGGCCAGGCUGAGGGAGCAGGAGUGUUGAUGUCACUGAUGCUGACUCUAGGAUUAGCACUUGGAUCCGGGCUGUCUAUCUUACUGAUAAAGUUGUUGUGAUCUAACACUGUACUCAGACAUGCAAUCUCAGUGUUUCAUCUCCAUGGAAUAAAUACUAUAAAAAACACACUGUAAGGCUAAAAAAAGAAUGACUUGGUUCUCUGGCACCACUUGCAUCAUCAUAAAGUCUGCACCACGUUUUGUUUUUAUUUUCAUUUUCCAACAAAAUUAAACAAUCCUAAUACAUGUACUUAAAACAAUGCUUUCCAAUAUAGCAUGCAGUUGCUUCCCUUGACAUGUCUGCAAUAGGAGUUUGUAUUCUUGUUCUUAUAGGGAGGCCCAGAGUCAUUGUGGGAGAACCAAUUCUUUUAUAUUUUUAAGCCUAACUGAUCAUGUUCCUCUUUAUCACACUGUGAAUUUUGAGAAACACAUAACUCAGGAUCUUCUCUUUUUUCUGUGAACAUUUUAACAAAACUGGUUGUAUGUUGUGUUUUGAUAGUCAUUGAAAAUCUGCAAAACUCAUAUAUCUGCAAAUUGGGGCGGUGAUGUAGCCUAGUGAUGAAAGUGUUAGCUCAUCACUGAAGGAUGGGUUCAGUUCUCCACAUGGGUACAAUGUGUGAAGACCAUUUCUAGUUUCCAUGCACCAUUAUAUUGCUUGGAUAGUACCCUCACUCAGAUCUGUAACAUCAUAUAUAGUGACCAACAAAUUACAAAUUUACAAUGAAUUGCUUCAAUUAUGCAUUUACUGACUCAGAAAAUCAUCUAGCAUCCCUUGUACACAAUAAUGGAGACUUUACUUCCAUAUCUGGGUCAAACGGACUUAAAUUCAAUGUUUUAACUUUGAUUCACUUAGCAGUGUGUGGUUAGGUAAUACCCAACACUGAGCUGUGUGCCAAACAGGUUUGAUUUUGAUGUAAAAACAACUGGACUCAUUUUGUAUAUUUGUUCUGAUGCACAUAGUAAUUUCAACAAUUUUGUGCAAUAAGAUGUACAUAGAAGGUAUACAUUGGUUUCAUAUGCACCAUCGUACUCUCAUUGACUGCUGUUUUAUAUUUCCUUGUUUCUCAUUUCCUCACCAAACAUAUGCUCUGUUGACCUGAAAUUUAAAAAAAAAAAUUGUGUUCUACAAAACCUGACUUACAAAUAAUUACAUGUUACUUAGUGAUGGACCAAGGUUGAUACACAAAAUUGAUAAAUGAAAGUCUAAAGUUACAGAAGUCCAAAGUACCGGUAAUGCCAUACGUGAUGUACAUGUAUUAAGUGCCAUGCUCCAAUAGGCACCUCUUGAGUAACUUCUUCUCCAAUCUGAAAGUAAUCAUUAUAAGCACCCGUACUAAGUUUGAAAAAUGUUCAUGACAGUAUGUAUUUUUGUGUAUUUUACAGAUUGUUUUACAGAAAACAGCAGCGUAGAAGGGGUAUAUAUUUGUCUAGUAACUAUUAUCUAAAAAGUUUCAGUUGCAAUGAAAUUUGAACUAAGUUUGUUCAAUACUAAAUUACAACUUCUGUAUGGUUUCAACUAACGCCCCCUUUAUUGAAGUUUGCUAAGUGCCAGGUUGCUUACUAUGGCAUGUACGGUAAGAGAUAUCUGUAAAUAUCUGUUUGUCUUUUGACUUUCAGUGCUUUAAAUGGGACAUGUCUUGGAUGUAGUCUGGUUUAGACAGAUGCCAGUUGGAUUCCAGUUAUGUAAUUCAAACAGUCAAUUGUUUUCUGUAGCACCCCGGUGGCCGAGUGUGUGUAAAUGUGGGGUCACAAGAGACCCUGGCAUGGCGCCCCAUGUUGUUCUCCUUAGAGAAGUCUUGGAUGUUAUGGAACUUCCAAGGCUCCUUCACUUGUUCUGUGAAUCACUAGUAUGAAUUACAUACUGCUGAUCCCAUACAUCACUGCUGCACAGGACUUGACCCGGUGGUUCAGUUUCUGGUAAGGAAAGUUAGAAGGAUAUACAACAUAUCCAGGAUACAAAAUUGGUUCAAAGAGGUUUUCAUAUUUUUAGUUUUAACUGGUGAUCUAUGUUCUGUUAUAUUUUCUGAGAAAAGAAAUAAAACUCUUUUUCCAAAUAGUUCUGAAAACUCUUUGACCUGUGUUUGGUAAUCCAUGUACAUAUUGACUGUGAUUUUUAUUUCAAGUUUGGCCAGAUCAGUUUUAAAAAUUCCAUUUUAUGGACUUUCUUAUUCAAGGGGCAGGAGACAAAAAGAGAUGAUAAUAAAGAGGAUAUUAUAAAGUAGUAUUGGUCGAUUUUAAGUUAUUUUUGUAAAACAUAACCUGUCAAAUAUGUAUUUUAACAAAAUGACACCAACGUCUUUCAGAAGAGGAAAACUUCAAUCAACACAUUAUUUCAGUUUAAAAAAAAUUAGGAUAAGGUCGCCCAUAAAACAGGCAAUUUAAUUUAGUCUGUCCUUACAGUGAAUAAUUAUGUAAUCAGUCACCUGUGAAUUGAAUCCAAAUAAGAGGGGCAUGAGUAGACAUUAUUACAAUAUAGUUUAGAAACAGUAUCUGUUGACAAUAUGAACAAACUGUAUAUAUAUAGUUUCAAGGUGAAGAAAUAAUGUUCAUAGGAUGACUCAUGAAUCUUAUUUAUGUAAAAUAUAUGUUUGUAACCAAAACCUAUUUUCAUAAAUAAACAAUCUCUUUCAUA